GCAGCUCGACCUGAUCCCAUUGGACAGGUCAUCCCUUCCAGUACCCGACCUCCGAGACGGCAGCCAGCGAGCAUUCUGUUCAUGGCUCGUCGUCGUCCUAAAUGAUGCAGGAUUCAAGACGAUUUGUCCGGCCUGCCCACUAACUACCAUGGGACGCGAUAGCUGAUGCCAUCCUACUCCACCAUGCAUCGGGUCCAACGCACGACGAGCUCAGACGUCUGCUCCUCAAGCAGUCGACGCCAAUGCCAGACCGUGCGGAGCCAGCCCGACGGAGCCGAAGCGAAGAUGACUCUGCGCAGAAGUCAACGCAGGAACGAUAGAUGCAGGACCCAGCGCACGCCUAGUCUCAGGAGCGUGCCGGCUGAGCGUGCUGGUCUGCCGCUCCCCACGCGUAUCUCCGCGUGCGCGAAGCUCAUGGCUGCGGCUGGCGCGACCGCUGAGAAUGAGCCCGCGGGAACGUCUCAAGCGGUCCUCUCGAAAACUUGCACGUUGCGAAGAGCACGCGAGGUGUCUGCACCAUGCAAGAUGAUGGCAGACCCUCGUAGACUCUCGACCUCGGCUAGUCGAGCGCUCCUUCGGGCAUUCUUUCAACACCCCCAUUGUUUCGCAUCUGAUCAGGUGUGCGACCGUCGUCGCGGAGAGAAGUGGUCGUGUGAGGGCUCAGGUAAUCUCCCGAAUUCAUUACGCCAUUCUAUUGUACAUCAUUAGAAAUGACUCACAGAAGCCUUCUCCAGUGACUUGCUUUGAUUGGACUCAUGCAUGAAAUGGAAGAUGCAGUCAUGAGCACAGGCUGCUGAUGAGGAUCAACGUGAGAUAGA